AUAAUAAAUAAUGAUUGGAAUGGAUCAUUUGGCCAUAGGAACUUAUGAAGGUUUCUUGAUCGGUUAUGAUAUUGACACUCAACCAAACGACCCAAAAACAACAACAGGUUGCACUCUCCGUUAUGCAUAUGCUGCACACGAACGAAGUAUACGUUGUAUUGCUGGUUCCUUUCCAAUAUUGGCUUCAGCUAGUGUGGACGAAUCCAUAAAAGUCUAUCAACUCGACCAGUUGCAAGAAUUGGCAACUUUAUACGAUCUUCAGGUACCUGUUAAUUCGGUUGAUAUUCAACUACAAGGGGGUUUGUUAAGUGGUGGAGAAGAUGGAAAGUUAGUUUACUAUCCAUAUGGUGGAUGGUCGAAACCAAAGUAUUUGAAAGGUCACAAGGGUAACGUACAUUCCGUUGCACUGCAUCCAACGGGACAAAUAUGUCUCUCAGUUGCUAGAGACAAAUGUCUCAAGUUGUGGAAAACCAACGGUGACUGUGUUUGCUCACUGGAACUACCGGAUGAGGCGUUCAUCGUAAAGUGGACAGAAGAUGGACAAGGUUGGGUCAUCGCCACGCAAACCAGUUUCUCUGUUCAUUCUUUACAAACUGGUCUCAUUCAACAAUGGGAAUAUUCUACUCGUUUAGUUUGUUUAUGUGCGUUGACCAAUGAUAUAUUUGUAGUGGGUGGAAUGGAUGGCCAUUUACGGUUGUAUAAGGUUGGUGAAAACAAACCUAUUCAAGUACAUAAAGUGGAUGGAGGUUCUUUGGUGAAAGGUAUUGGUGUAGGAAGAGACGGUUGUAUCUAUUCCCUUUCGUCCAAAGGUGUUUUAGAAGCUAGAAGCAUGCAAGGUGCAUAUAGGUGGAUUGAACAACUUCCCACUUCUUAUCGACCAACUGCUUUCCACGUCAUCCAAUAAAGCCAAAUCGUUGCUUUCUUUCCCCAAAAAAAAGAGAAUUCCC